UUUGCUAAAAAUACCCUAAAAAUCGAAAAUCUCUAGAGCAAGAAAAAGCAGAGAAAACUCAAAAACCUUUCACUUACCUCACUCUUCUUCGUCAUGGCGAGCAAUCCUUCGCAGCUUCUUCCAUCAGAGCUAAUCGAUAGAUGCAUAGGAUCGAAGAUAUGGGUGAUUAUGAAAGGAGAUAAGGAGCUUGUUGGUGUUCUUAAAGGCUUCGAUGUUUAUGUCAACAUGGUUCUUGAAGAUGUCACCGAAUAUGAGAUUACAGCAGAAGGAAGACGGGUUACAAAGCUUGAUCAGAUUCUGCUCAAUGGCAACAACAUAGCAAUUUUGGUGCCUGGUGGGUCUCCCGAAGAUGCAGAAUGAGGUUUGCGAGGGAUGAUUGGUAUGUUAAGACAGACUUGUGUGAGGAAGGAUGUAACUUUUGGUUUUAGAUUAACUCUUUGUUCGGAGAAAAGUAGUAGUUGAUUUUUA